AUGCUUGGAGCUCUUGCAUCAAGCGUGUCGCUUCUCGGUCUAGCGCUAGCCGACCCCUUCUCUAUCGCCUUUGCUGGCGUCUUUAACAUAGACUCCGACCACCAAGGCCUGCGAACUACCCUUUUCCAGAUAUUCGCUUUUGCAUGGAUCUGGUUGCUGAGCGUAUCAGUGCAGCCCUUGCAAGCCGCCAGUCGGGCCAUUGUCGUGGAGUCUUGCCCAGACCAUCAGCAGGCACAGGCUGCUGCUUGGGUAGGAAGAGCUACCGCGGGCAGCAACGUCGUAGGAUACGCACUCGGUGCACUUCCGUUCGCCGAUCUUCUUUAUACAAGACGUUGGAAAUCGUUCCAGCUAUUAUACCUUUUUGAGAUGUAUGUCAAGGUCGAAGACGAGCGGCCGGGUGUUCUUAGGUCUUUACGACAUCCCGAAGCUAUGGAGGAUAGUCGGCGCUAUGCAUCUCUUGGGGUCUUCUGUUUUGCCGUCGUUUCUCUUCUGGCCAACCUUGCCUUUCCGUUUCUUGCUCGCAGCCGGAACUACGAUCUCAUGGCAGACCCCCACCAUGUCGCUAACAACAAACUGAAGAGAUCACACGACGCAUCCUUACUGACGUUUUGGGCCUUCGGUCACCUUGCGUUUGCGGCAUCUACGCUGGCCACCUUUUUUGCACAAACCAGUACUCAAGGGUUCAUUCUGAUUUCGUCUCUCGGAAUUCCAUGGGCACUGACGAACUGGAUACCGCACGCAAUCGUAGGUAGAGAGGUGACGAAGAGGGAUGGUAGUGCUGCCAUCUUAACGGGAGUCCAUAACUCGUUCAUUUCCGCCCCUCAAAUACUGUCAGCUCUCAUUUGCUCGAUCAUGCUGGCUGUAAAUAAGAAAUUUGUGGACGGAAAUGGGGUGGUGCUUUUGCUGCGCAUGAGCGGGUUUCUGUCUCUGGUGGCGGCCAGCCUUACCCUGCGCUUGAGAUACGUAGUACAGUACGGAGAACGAGCCGUGUGA